UUUUCUGCAUCUUUCCGUUGCGUGAAAAUAAAGGUGGUGCAAUCGGAUAUACAGCAAGAGGAUAUGUUAAGUAUCUUUCGUAAUUGAUUAAUAGCUGAAGAAAUGGAUAAUAUAACGAGAUGGUGUCACGCAUUAAUACUGUGUCUUCUGAUUCAUGGCCUCCAAAACAUGUGCUACUGCCAGUCAUUUGAAGAUACGACAGCUUCUGUUGAGUACAGCGUAAGCAGCAGUCGCAGCACCAGUGUUGGUAGUAAAGGUUUUAAUAUAGAUUCGGAUAAUCCAGAUUCGAACAAUCAUUCUAGAGAAGCUCUGAAGCUUGAAGCUAAUUCUCCAGAAGCGGUUGUCUUUAUCGGCAAAACAAACGAUUACGUCCCUGUACCGGCAUUAAGGAAGCGGAAUGACGAUAUUAACGGUGAUGACAUAGAUUGGCAGCAUCCAUAUGAAACGUGGGAUAGGGAAUAUAGAAGAUUCCGUUUUAAUAACACCAGAGUUCAACAUAUAGAAGCUGAAUGCCAGGACGAUUACAUGAAAAUCCGUAUUGGUCUUAAUGGUUCCUUCACAGGACUGGUAUAUUCGGCCGGUUAUGCCUACGAUCCCGAUUGUAUGUAUAUCAAUGGUACCGGCAGAGAUUAUUACGAAUUUUUUAUCCAACUAAACAGAUGCGGAACUUUGGGGAAAAACACCCACAAUGACGAAACUGAAAAAUCACCAACAAAGAAUUUUAUGUGGAAUACAAUUACAGUACAAUAUAAUCCUUUAAUAGAGGAGGAAUACGAUGAACACUUUAAAGUUACAUGUGAAUAUGGUUACGAUUUUUGGAAAACAGUCACUUUUCCUUUUUUGGACGUAGAAGUAGCCACAGGAAAUCCAGUUGUAUUCACAUUAACUCCACCAGAAUGUUACAUGGAAAUACGAUACGGAUACGGUACUACCGGCAACAGAGUAUCUGGACCCGUACGAGUGGGAGAUCCACUCACUCUAAUGAUCUACAUGAGAAGCAAAUAUGAUGGAUUCGAUAUCGUAGUUAAUGACUGUUUCGCACAUAAUGGAGCUACGAAGAAAAUCCAACUUAUAGAUGAAUACGGGUGCCCCGUGGACGAGAAAUUGAUAUCAAGAUUCCGAGGUUCGUGGUCUGAUUCCGGAGUUUAUGAAACCCAAGUUUACGCUUACAUGAAAACUUUCAGAUUUACUGGUUCCCCUGCUUUAUACAUCGAAUGUGACGUUAGAAUGUGCCACGGCAGGUGCCCGAGUCAAACCUGCCACUGGAGAAACCUCAAAGCUGUCCGAAAAAGAUCCAUCAACAACAAUACUUCUACUCCAUCUCCGGUGUCUUUAUCAGAAAAUGUUAAUCUAUUUCAAUCUUUAAGGGUGCUCCAGGAGGGAGAAUUAGAUGAUGAAAAAAAUAUUACAACAUCGAGUAACCAAAAAGGCGACCCGAACAACAUAUGUUUGAAGACUGGUUGGUUUUCAGCCCUAUUAGCUUUGGGAGGUGGAGGUAUGUGUCUUCUUGGAGGAGCCCUUCUUGCUACUUGUACCAGGAUGAGAAAAGUUGCCAUAGAAAAAGUAUUAACCGGAAGUCAUUUUAAUGGAUACAUGAAUCACAGGGGAAGCAUAAAUUGA